AUGUCCACCCAGUCGAGUCUUACAUGCCACUGCGGCCUCGUUUACGAGCCCUCUUCGUUGCUAGCUGAUCCAACUAUGCCAAAUGAACGCAUUAUGUGCCACUGCAACGUAUGCCGACACACCACAGGGUCACUUGGCGCAUGGUAUUUGGCACUCAAUGGCCCGCCCAGUGAGCAAUCACUGGCUUGCACGACUGGGUACAAGUCUUCUGAGAAGUUUACCCGUUAUUUCUGCCAGAAAUGCGGAUGCAACGUCUUUGUUCGUUCUGAAACGGACGGGACGUGGUUGGCUUGUGCCGGCAUCCUAGAGAGAGGCACGGAGGACAAGGAGGGACUGAGCCAGAUGAAUGGCCAAGGGAAUAUCACAAAAGUUAUGUGCCACUGGUACCUUGACGAUACGAAGGACGGUGGCAUGGCGCCAUUCCUCACGAAACUGAGCGGGCGGGACGUCCCAUGCUAUAGGACCCAGCCAGACGUGAAGGAUGAAGAUCCCUUGGAAGAGAGGGACCUUCUGCAACUCCAGAGAACAUCGCUUGAUCCACCAUCCUCGGCGCCCGAGAGAGGUCGAAUGCUGGAAGUCUCUUGCCAUUGCGGAGAAUGUCAACUCUUAAUCGCACCACCGCCUUACACUGCGACCAGCGAAGGAUGGUACGUGCCCAAGAAGGACCGCAGCAAAUAUUACGCUCGCUUCUGCUGUUGUCGAUCUUGCCGCCUCACAUUGGGCUUCACGCUGCAGCCGUGGGCGUACAUUCCUCCAUCCCAGUUUUUUACUCUGCAGAACGAACCGGUCGUCUUCGGUCCCCAAACCAAAGAGACGGUUCAAAUCGACAAACUCAAACACUACCAGUCCUCGGAGUCUGUAAUACGAAGUUUCUGCUCUGUAUGCGGGGCUACAAUAUUCUACCAGAGUUUCGACAGACCCUAUAUUAUCGAUCUGAGCGUUGGUGUUGUGAGGUCGAAGAUUGGGAAUACAAUGGCGGGAGAAUGGCUGGACUGGGAUAGGGAGAUUGUGAGCAAAAGGACUGAGGCUGUGGAUGAGGAAUUGGUGGAAGCGUGGUUGAAGAAAUAA